CCGGGAGUUAAUAUUUUAUGUUCUGUUAUCAGGAUUAUCUAGGGAUAUAUAUAAGGAUAAUGGAUAGAUUACAGUCGCUUUGCCGCAUUUGCAUUGUGAACCCCGAGGAUGAUUCGCUCAUAGCCACAGGCGAAGACUUUGACGAACUAAUCAAAUGCUGCACGGGGAUUCAGUUGAGUGUAAGGCCCAAUGGGCUAAGAAAAAUAUGCAUUAGCUGCGAAUUACUGAUCCGAUCGGCUCGCCAGCUGCGCUCCCUCUGCCAGGAGUCCGACGAAAAGCUGAAGAAGUACGAAAGCGAUUUGGAGCUGCUGGAAGCUAAAAGGAAUGUGGCCAAUGAGGAUGACAUCUCCAUUGAUAGCGACAUGGAGAUGGUGCACGAGUAUCUAGACUCCUAUGUGGUGACCCAGGGAUCACCUGAGAGCACCACCGAAAGUCAUUUCAGUGUAGAAAUUAGCAUUAAACGAGCUUCACCUGCUCCAGUGGAACAAAAACCGCCUUCUGCUGUUGCUUCAGUAAAACAGAAACCUCAGUCAACACCUACGCUGGCCCUCAGUCCCGAUCCAACUUCAGCAACCGAAAUAAAGCCCAGCAAAGCUCCACAAUUUGCCUGCCAUGUUUGCCCAAAUGUCUACCUGGAAAAGGCCAAGCUGACGGUUCACUUGCUGGCCCACAACGAUUUCAAGCGCCACGAGUGCGAGAUCUGCCAGAAAGGCUUCCAUCAGACAACGUCGCUAAAGCGUCACAUGAACACGCACACGGGCCAGCGCCCUUAUAAAUGUUUCUUUUGUGAUUCCAGAUUUGCCGAUCCCUCCACACGGAUUAAGCACGAGCGGAUUCACACCAACGAAAAGCCAUACAAGUGUACAUUUUGUGGCAAAGUAUUUGCGUACUCUAAUGUGCUAAGGGGGCAUCUCAAAACGCACACGGGCGAGCGGCCCUAUAAAUGCCAGCACUGCAAGCAGUCGUUCUCCCAAAUGCACCACAAGAAUACUCACGAAAAGUCGCACAGAAUGAAGGACACGAAAGACACCAUCACAGUGAUUGCAGUGGAAGAGGAGUAAAUAGACAUCGUAUGCGUAGUUCAGGGCAGCUUUAUAGUACAACAAAAAGAUACAAACUUGGUAGAUUAUUUGAUAGGUGAGCAAGAUAUAGUACCUACACAUCUAAGAAUAUUUACACUUGUUUUAUACAGAAGAUGAAUUACACAAUUCCUUCCUUUUGCACUGUUCGGAUAGAAAGAUUAUACUCGUUGACUCCUAAGUACUAUAAACUAAGGAAAUACAAGUUACAGGCCUGGUUAAAUCUUUAAGUUACUACAAAAAAACUGCACAUCAGUUUGUUUCACACUAAAAUUAAUUUAAUAAAACUAUAUGUAAAGUAAUUUAAAAA